UCUUACUCAACUUCACCUCCUUUUCUUCUUUCCUUUUUGUUUUGGUCUUACAUACUUUUCUCGAUAUAUAUACCCCGAGUACCGCCCGAUUUCGACCACAGCCGUGAUCACCGCCGAAAACGCCACAAAUUAGAACCUUGCAGGGGUCAUUGGUCUUGCUUCAAACCCAUUAUCCUGGUUCUUCCCGGUCCCUUCAUUUAUUUUUCCCCCCAAAUUUCCAGCUCCCUUCAGCUCUCUAUUUUCACCCCAAAUCACCCUUAGACGAUGAGCUCGUCAAAUGGACAACCCCGCAGAACAAACUCCACCGACCCUUUUUCUCAUCCCGACGUCUAUUACGGUGACGAGGAAGCCAACGCGCGCAUCAAGGAUCGCAGACGUGCUUUUUCUACGAACCUGAAGUCGUUCAAUCGCCAGGAUAUCCAAAAUUUCCUUGGUGGGAUCCCCGCAAGAAGAGGCAGUCAUGAUGAGAUCUCCGCCCAACCCCGCAAGUUCCUUAUCGAUGUCGAAGAGACCCUACAGAGUCUCCUGGAGAGAGAGGAUACGGAUAGGAACAUGCAGAUCACAAUUGAGGACGUAGGCCCCAAGGUGCUCUCCCUGGGAACCGCGGCCUCUUCCGGAUACAACAAAUUCGACGUGCGAGGAACGUAUAUGCUGUCCAACCUCCUGCAGGAGCUUACCAUCGCCAAGGACUAUGGCAGGAAGGUCAUUGUCCUGGAUGAGGCUCGUCUAAGCGAAAACCCGGUCGCCCGUCUCUCCCGUCUGAUUAAGAACUCCUUCUGGAACGCCCUGACUCGCCGGAUAGAUGGUUCGAACAUUGAAGUGGCUGGCCGCGAUCCCAAGGAUUGGACUGACGACCCACGUCCCCGAAUCUAUAUUCCCCCGGGGGCCCCUGAGCAGGUGGAGUAUUAUAGAGGGAUUGCCGAGGCACACCCGGAACUGCGCCUGGAUGUGCAGGUGCUCGAUUCAGAAAUUACUCCGGAGUUUGUGAAGGAUCUUAAUCAAAAGCCCGGUCUUCUCGCCUUGGCGAUGGAGAAGAAGUAUAAUGAAGAGACCAAGAAAAUCGAAUAUACUGGGAUGCCAUUCGUCGUUCCCGGAGGUCGAUUCAAUGAACUGUAUGGGUGGGACAGCUACAUGGAGUCUCUGGGCCUGUUGGUCAGCAAUCGAGUGGACUUAGCAAAGUCCAUGGUGAUCAACUUUUGUUUCUGUAUCAAACACUAUGGAAAGAUCCUCAAUGCCAACCGGACUUACUACCUGCUACGUUCCCAGCCGCCAUUUUUGACCGAUAUGGCUCUGAGGGUGUAUGAGCGGAUUAAGGGAGAACCCGACGCAUUGGAAUUCCUUCGGACUUCCACUCUUGCUGCCAUUAAGGAAUACUACAGUGUUUGGACCGCUGAGCCACGUUAUGAUCCCAUAUCUGGUUUGUCGCGAUACCGGCCCGAGGGAUUAGGCGUACCGCCGGAAACCGAGCCAACGCAUUUCCUUCACCUGCUCACACCCUAUGCUGAAAAACACGGCAUGGAAUUUAAAGAAUUUGUUCAGGCGUAUAACAAUGGCAUCAUCAAAGAACCAGAACUGGACGAGUACUUUAUGCAUGAUAGGGCUGUCCGAGAAUCUGGCCAUGAUACAAGCUACCGUCUGGAGAGAGUCUGUGCUAACAUCGCCACCGUUGAUCUGAAUUCUCUGCUUUAUAAGUACGAAGUGGAUAUUGCUCGGAUCAUCCGAACUUAUUUCAAGGACAAGCUCGAGGUCCCCCCUGAGUUCCGUACUGCUCAAUCAAAAGAUAUUGCAAGCGAAUCCUCAUCGGUAUGGGACCGCCGAGCUAGGAGAAGAAAAACGAGGAUGGACACCUAUUUGUGGGAUGAUGAAAAGGGGAUGUACUUCGACUAUGACACAGUCAAACAAGAGCGGUCGUCUUAUGAGAGUGCUACGACUUUCUGGACAAUGUGGGCGGGUCUCGCCACCCCCCACCAAGCGGCUGAACUGGUCAGCAAGGCACUUCCAAAGUUCGAGGCUUAUGGCGGUCUAGUCUCAGGUACUGAAGAGUCGCGUGGAAUUAUCAGCUUGGACCGGCCUAAUCGGCAGUGGGACUACCCGUAUGGAUGGGCACCCCAGCAGAUGCUGGCGUGGACGGGGCUGCUCCGCUACGGCUACCAGGAGGAAGCUGAACGACUCGCAUAUAAGUGGUUAUAUAUGAUCACCAAAGCUUUCGUCGAUUUCAACGGCGUUGUCGUCGAGAAGUACGAUGUUACUCGGCCCAUUGAUCCGCACCGGGUCGAUGCUGAAUAUGGAAACCAAGGUGUAGAUUUCAAGGGAGCACCUCGUGAAGGGUUCGGCUGGGUCAAUGCCAGCUUUGUGUAUGGCUUGGAGAUACUCAAUGCUCACCAGCGGCGGGCCCUUGGAGCCACCACUCCAUAUGAGACGUACAGCAAAGCUGUCGCAAUCCAGGACGAUUACGAAUAACCGACUACAACUGAGGCGAUGCAUUAUGCACAUCUUUGCUUACUGUUUUGAUUUAGCCGGCGGCCACUAUUCCUUGCAAAUAACCAAAAAAGGACGGUAAUGGGAAACCGAACUUAGGCUUGUACAGAUAAGAGCCGGGUUGAAAUCUUGAUUGCACCUGCCGUGCGGUCACAUUUCCCUUCCCUUUCUCGUUCGUCAUAUUUUUGCUUUUGCUUUCCUUAUUUCUCCUCUGGGCUUAAAGAUGCGUGAAUGGGAAUAGAAACUGGCUUUCAUUCUGAGGGUAUUUGGGUGAGCUAUGAUCCAGCCACAAGUGGUACAGGCGUCGUUUCUUUACUUUCACUUCAUAAUGUAUUUGAGUUUCGAAUUAUAUAUCACGUCCAGCAGCCGUUGAAUGUAACAGUUUGAGAUUUCUUCUCUCUUGCUUUUUAUACCUAUUAUUCUUUCCCGACAAUCAGCUUUUUUAACCCGUCUCGCCUUCUUGACUUGGCGAUGUAGUUCUAGACGCAUGCGCAUUCUCGACUAUUUAAUGCAGGAUCAAGUCUGUCAAGAUUUAUGAGAGCUCUGAACGUGCUGUUGGAUAGUUUAUGGCUUAGAUAGAGUUCGAGUAAUCUUUAUCUAGGUACACAGUGAAGUUAGUUGCAGUCCGUGGGGUCUCCAAUCGGCAUGAAGACAUCUAUAACUGGGGCUUCUUAUUGCGCCUUUGGCUUUUACAUAUAAGUCAGCUUUUCUACCAUUCUAUUUAU